UGUUCACCCAGUUCAAAGAAAACCCUGCCCAUUGCAGGCUCAUGCCAUUCUACUACAUCCCUUUCACCCAAUUCUUUGUGUUCUAUUGACUUCCCCAGCGCUCCUGGUGGGAGAGGGUGCCAAUUCUUCAAUAAUUGAUUCCUCUCUAGAAAUAGAAUGUUCCUGCCAGGUGCAGUGGCUCAUGCCUGUAAUUCCAACACUUUGGGAGGCCAAGGCUGGUAGAUCACCUGAGUUUGAGACCAGCCUGGCCAACAUGGUGAAACCAGUCUCCUUUGAUCUUUUUUUCUUUUUUGAGACAGGGUCUGGCUCUGUUGCCCAGGCUGGAGUGCAGUGGUAUGAUCACAGUUCACUGCAGCCUCAACCACCUGGGCUCAAGUGAUCCUCUCACCUUAGCCUCCCAAGUAGCUUCCUCUUGUUGCUCUGCAUGGUACCAAUUCCCAAAGCUACUUCAGUAUGGCUACUGAACUUCCAGCUGUCGUGUCUGCAUUCCAGACAAUAGGAAGCAAGAAUGGAUAAAGGAAAAAAUGUACCCUUCUUCUAAGAACACUUGGAAAUUGUAUACAUCAUUUUCUCUACCAUUGGCCACAAUUUAAUCAUAACUGGGAGGGAAGCUGGGAGAUGUCAUCUUUAUUUUCAGCAGCCACAACCCCAGCUAAAAUACUGGAACAUUCUAUUUCUUUUUUUUUUUUUUUUUGAGAUGGAGUCUCGCGCUGUCGCCUAGGCUGGAGUGCAGUGGCGCAAUCUCCGCUCACUGCAAGCUCCACCUCCUGGGUUCACGCCAUUCUCCUGCCUCAGCCUCCCGAGUAGCUGGGACUACAGGCGCCCGCCACCUCGCCCAGCUAAUUUUUUUUGUACUUUUAGUACAGACGAGGUUUCACUGUGUUAUCCAAGAUGGUCUCGAUCUCCUGACCUCAUGAUCCGCCCUCCUCGGCCUCCCAAAGUGCUGGGAUUGCUGGGAUUACAGGCUGAAGUGCAGUGGCAUGAUCUCGGCUCACUGCAACCUCCGUCUCCUGGGUUCAAGCAAUUCUUCUGCCUCAGCCUCCCGAGAAGCUGGGAUUAUUGGCGCACACCACCACACCCAGCGGAUCUAUGAAUUAGCGGUCUGGGUGGCAGUCCAUUCGUCGUUCAGAGGCCCAGAACACCGUGAAACUAUGCUUUCCUGACUCAAGAGACCCUACCUAGACGUGGGCCCCUUUCACGAGAAUCUGCCCCUCAGGAGGGUCUCAGGCGACCUUCUUGGAAGGUGUGACCACUUGAAAAGGACGAGGAGGCCAGGCGCGGUGGCUCUCGCCUGUAAUUCCAGCACUUAGGGAAGCCGAGGCGGGAGGAUCGCUUGAGUAAACGAGUUUGAGGCCAGCCUGGGCAAGAUAGGGAGACACUCCCUACCCCGCCCCAUUUCUACAAGUAAUUAAAAAUUUAGCCGGACGUGGUGGCGGGAGCAGGAGCCACUCGAGAGGCUGAGGCAGGAGUAUUACUUGGGUCCUGGAGGUGGAGACUGCAGUGAGCCGUGAUCGCGCCACUCCAUUACAGCCUGGGCGACACAGCGAGACCCUGUCAACCAAUCAAUCAAGAGGAGGCUGGCGGGAGCAUGCGCGUGACCACCGAGGGCGACAGAGACCCUAACCCUAAGUCCAACCCCAAGGCAGACCCCACCGUCCCGCCAGGCGCCCUCUUAAGAGCGCGGCUUCCGGAGCAAAGCCGCUGACCCCCGCCCCCAGGGUCUUGGCGCCGAUUGGCCAGCGAGAGCGCAGGGCGGAGCCAAAUCUUAAAGGAUCCGGGAGCUAAGCCAGAACCGGGUGGCGGUGGCAGCGGCGAAACCCAGGGAGCCGAUGCCACGUGACCCAAUGUGGGCUCCUUUUAAACCUUUCUAAUGCCCAUAACCCAGCCGCAGGCCCAUGGAGCCCACGAGAGACUGCCCAUUGUUCGGGGGCGCCUUUUCCGCCAUCCUCCCCACGGGGGCCAUUGACGUAAGCGACCUCCGACCGGUCCCGGACAAUCAAGAAGUUUUCUGCCAUCCCGUGACAGACCAGAGCCUGAUCGUGGAACUUCUUGAGCUGCAGGCCCACGUGCGGGGCGAAGCGGCUGCGCGGUACCACUUUGAGGAUGUUGGUGGCGUGCAGGGGGCUAGGGCUGUCCAUGUAGAGUCUGUUCAGCCUCUCAGUUUGGAGAACCUGGCCCUGAGGGGCUGCUGUCAAGAAGCCUGGGUCCUCUCUGGCAAGCAGCAGAUAGCUAAGGAAAACCAGCAGGUAGCAAAGGACGUGACACUUCAUCAGGCCUUGCUGAGGCUGCCCCCGUACCAGACUGAUCUCUUGCUCACCUUCAAUCAGCCCCCCCCUGACAACAGGUCAUCUCUUGGCCCUGAAAAUCUGUCACCUGCACCCUGGAGCCUGGGUGACUUUGAACAACUGGUGACCAGUCUGACCCUUCAUGAUCCCAACAUCUUUGGUCCCCAGUAAAGGCGCCGAAGCACUGCAUGAUGUUGCUGAGAACUUGGGGACUCGGUUCUGUGAGGGGGAAAAGGGGUUGAAAAGAGGGUUUCCUCUUAUUUCUUCCCUGUGCGUAAACAUAAGACACCCUCUUCAGAAUAAACUUGCUUUAUAAUCAAUAUAA